AUGGUCUGGGCUACGUGGACGGAAGUGGGCUGCGCAAUUAAUCGUUGUGAUAACCUGUCACAUGCGAUAAAUAAUCCAGUUUAUUUUCUGACAUGCCAAUACAAGCCAUGGGCAAUAUUCCUGGAAAAGUGGGCAAAUCCUGCAAAAAGUGUCCACCUGGAUCCACAUGUCAUCGCCGACAAUGCGUAA